UUCAGAUGAUUUGAGCUGAAGGUGCUGAGAGCCGGGAGCUCAUUCAUGAUGGUUUCUUAUGGUUUCUACUGGAUGCUAUGGAUGUCUUGUUUUGGACAAUUUUUAGGUGAAGAUCUGCAGUUUUCUGAUCCGGCUAAUGGAGCAGUAGGAGGAAGUGUGGUGUUCGCUCCUGAUAACCCGCCCUCCACAUCAAUCGAUAUAAUUCAGUGGCUUUUUGGAACAACUCUUAUAUUGACAGCACAGUCUGAUUCAGCUGUAAUAGCCUCAGCAUACAGAGACAGAGUCAGUUUUGACAGAAACACUCUCGCUCUGGAGCUCCGGAACCUGAGACUGGAUGAUUCUGGAAAAUACAGUCUGACUCUAUUAACUACUGCUGGACAUCAACUUAGAGGAGAAACUUCACUACAAGUGUUCGAAAAUAUAACUAAUGUCAGGCUUACUGGUCCAGAAGAAUCAUUAAUCGAGGGAGAAUCAUCUGCUAACAUCAGCUCUGAGGGAACUGGCAGCAUCAGCUCUGUGCAGUGGAUGAAAGAUAACAGUCCUCUGUCUCCUAGCAACAGAAUCAGCUUCUCAUCUGAUAACAGAUCAGUGUCCAUCAGUCCAGUGCAGAGAUCAGACAGUGGAGAAUAUCAGUGUACAUAUAGAAACCCUGUCAGCUCUGAGACGGCAAAACUCAGCCUGAUCAUCAACUAUGGACCAGAAGAUGUUUCUAUUAAGGGUCAGGAUGUGGUGGAUUUAGGGGUUCGAGUGACGCUCUCUUGUUCUGCAAAUUCUGAACCUUCUGCCUCAUUCAGCUGGAAGUUUAAUGAAACAGACACUGAUGUGACCACAGACACAUUCACCAUAGAUCAGACUGACUUCACACACAGUGGAGAUUAUGAAUGCACAGCUUUGAAUAAUGUCACAAAGAGAAGCAUCUCACAAAAACAUGCGUUACUAGUUAAAGAAGGAGGAGGAGGAGGGGGUCUGUCAUCAGGGGCGAUAGCUGGGAUUGUUAUUGGGGUUUUAGUGGCAGUUGCAGGCAUCUGUGGUCUGAUUGUCUAUUUAACAAUAACAAAUAAAAUCCCAAAGUUAAACCAAAAACAAAAAGAAAAAGCAAGUGGAGCAGCACAAAGCAGACAGGAGAUAAAGGCUAGAGGAGAUGGAAAGAUUCCAGGAAACAAGAGUGAAAAUACAUACGAGAAUGUCAACCAUGAAAAUGUAUAUGAGAAUGAUGUGUAUGAAAAUGUAAAACUUGAAGCUUCAAGAAGGCCAAGGGCUCCUACUCCUCCUCGGGUAUCAAACCCGCCUCCUGUGUGCAGGUGAGGAAUUGAAGACACGGAAACACAUCUACUGCAAGAUGAUCUAUCCUGCUGUAUAAAUUUUCUCUUUUUUCAGUUUUUUUUUUUUAAACAAAUAUGUAUAUGGCAUAUUACUGAAAUAUUAUGAACUGUUGCAUCAGCUGUUGGUUCUAUGUGCUCCACUAAUGCCUUUUAAUUAUAAACUUGUGUUUCACAAUGGACAAAUGUAUUUUUUCCUUACAUAGUUUCUUACAAACUCACAAAUACAGAAGUAUAUUUCUUUAACAGUAAAAGAGUAGGGUCAAAGCCAUUACCAUAUACCUGUAUACUGAGAUAUAAAAGAUAAAUGUCUGUUAAUGACGUGGAAAACAUGACAUACUAAAAUAGGACAAGUACUAAUAACAUAGAAUCAUAUCUGCAGAUUUGGUAUUGAAAUGUUAAUUUGCAGGCUUUCAUGGAGUCUACACUCUCAGAACUCAGUAGAAAGCAGAUUGAACACCUGUUUUUUUAAGUCUUACACAUUCCACACCCUGUCUGUGUUCAUUUAUUUAUUAUUUUGGCUAGUGUUUUUAAAUGUAAAUAUUAAUUAUAUUUAUAUUUAUUUAAAAUGCAUAAGUUACCCGGGCUUAGCUAUACUACUGACGACAUGCAUCAAACAGCUUCUCAGAAAUCAUAAGACACAUCCUCAUUCUUUCUUUUCUGCACUGGGCAAAUAAAAGAAGAUAAAACUGAUAGUGGGUAAUGAAAAACAAAGGCCACAUUCAUGACUAAAUUAAUUCACCUUUAGACCUGAACACAACAUCACUCCAAAAGACAUGAGAUAGUGACAUUUUGUUUUGGCUGUAAAUGGUGGUUUUUGGAACAAAUUUGUACGGCCGUUACUUUGGAUAUGGAAAUUAUUUUAUCUAAUUACCUAAUUGUAUUAUGAUAUUUUCCAAAGAACGUAAUAUAACUAGUGUUAUCGUGUUUAUAAUUUAUGUAAACUCCAGUGACGUUGGGCAGAUGAAUCUCAUUUGCUCCAAAUAAAAAGUCAAUUUCU